UGUGCGCUCCUGGCCUGGCAGGGGAAGGAGAGGCGGCGGGCUGAGGCUCCGAGAGGACAGAAAAAUAACCGGAAUAUUUACACUGUUCCGUCGCUGUUCUGCACAGAGGAGACAGAACCCGUUUCUGUGGGUGUGGAAGCUUCUGGAACCUCUUCUAGGGGAUCUUGCGUCCCGAGUCCCAUUUGAAUGCUGAAGACGCAAUCGUCCCGAAUAUCACCAUGAACAGGAAUAAGCGUGAGAAAGAGUAUUACAGUAUAGACGUAGGAGAUUCAACGUUCACUGUUCUGAAGCGCUAUCAGAAUUUAAGACCUAUUGGCUCUGGAGCACAAGGCAUUGUGUGCUCGGCGUAUGACCACAUCUUGGAGAGGAAUGUUGCGAUUAAGAAACUCAGCCGACCCUUUCAGAACCAGACGCACGCUAAGAGGGCCUACAGAGAGCUGGUGCUCAUGAAGUGCGUCAACCACAAGAAUAUCAUCGGCUUAUUAAACGUGUUCACGCCGCAGAAGACGCUGGAGGAGUUUCAGGACGUUUACCUGGUGAUGGAGCUGAUGGAUGCUAACCUGUGCCAGGUGAUUCAGAUGGAGCUGGACCAUGAGAGAUUGUCCUAUCUGCUCUACCAAAUGCUCUGUGGCAUCAAACACCUACAUGCUGCUGGUAUCAUACACAGGGACCUGAAGCCCAGCAACAUUGUGGUGAAAUCAGACUGCACGCUGAAGAUCCUGGACUUCGGCUUGGCCCGAACGGCCGCCACGGGCCUCCUCAUGACCCCCUACGUGGUGACGCGCUACUACCGUGCCCCCGAGGUCAUCCUGGGCAUGGGUUACCAGGCCAACGUUGAUGUCUGGUCUAUUGGCUGCAUCAUGGCCGAAAUGGUCAGAGGCAGCGUGCUGUUUCCAGGCACAGACCAUAUCGACCAGUGGAAUAAGGUCAUCGAGCAGCUGGGCACACCGUCUCAGGAGUUCAUGAUGAAACUCAACCAGUCUGUGAGGACCUACGUGGAGAACAGACCUCGCUAUGCAGGCUACAGCUUCGAGAAGCUUUUCCCUGACGUGCUCUUCCCGGCCGACUCUGACCACAACAAACUGAAGGCCAGCCAGGCUCGAGACCUCCUGUCCAAAAUGCUGGUAAUAGAUGCGUCCAAGCGGAUCUCGGUGGACGAGGCCCUUCAGCACCCCUACAUCAACGUGUGGUAUGACCCCACCGAGGUGGAAGCGCCACCGCCGCUGAUCACAGACAAGCAGCUGGAUGAGCGAGAGCACACCGUGGAGGAGUGGAAAGAGCUGAUCUACAAGGAGGUGCUGGACUGGGAGGAGCGCUCCAAAAACGGCGUGAUCCGCGGACAGCCGGCCUCGCUAGGUGCAGCAGUGACUGGCGACCCCCAGCACCCCUCAACGUCCUCCUCAUCCGCCAACGAUGCGUCGUCCAUGUCCACCGACCCCACCCUGGCCUCGGACACGGACAACAGUCUGGAAACCUCUGCCGCCGGGCCGCUGGGCUGCUGCAGAUGACCAUCACUCUGUCCCCGUCCCUGUCACCAUCCCAGCUACCACCCGUCUCCACUGGCGUAGAGUUUAGGCCGGCACGGAACGGCGUCGUCGCCGUCGCCCCACCUCCGUUUCGGACUGACAGUUUCUUUUAGGUCAGUGGAAAAAAGACAGAAUAGAAGGUAAGAGUUUUUGAGGGCACCUUUGAAGCUUUUACACCAAACCAGCGUUCACGUAAUUUAACUUAGAGUCGAGACUGAAGCUGCCGUCGUCUUCGCCACGCGGAUGUGGAACGGUCACGGUUUGAGGUCAUUUGUAAAGAUUGUAUGGUAAAUAUAUUUUUAAAGAUGUUGUUUUUAUUUUUGAUUUUGCGGUCGGUCAUAUUCAUCUUGGAACGAUCCCACAGCGUUGGGAGCUCUUCCGUUCUGUUGCUGUUUCCUAGUUGAUGGUGUACAGAUUGUGUGGACUGAAGUUCCAGCCUAAUCAGAUGUCUAAUAAUAAGCAAAUUGCUUCGUCUCUCGCGCUACUUGGUGUUUGUGGGAGAUCAGGUCAUAAAGCAUUUACACGUUUCUUUUAUCUUUAGUGGAAAUCUUCAAAUGCUUGUAGAAUCCUUAAGCUACUGAUUUUUUUUCCCUCUCUUUGACUCUUGUGAAAGAUACAAUACUUCAUACUGUACUCAGAAUAAUACAGCGACAUUAGAGAAACAAUUUGAUCGACUACAAUUUUUAAAGCUAAAAUCUAAAGAGGAGUAACUUCAAGGUUGUAGUUCUGCUUUUAUUUAGUUCUGUGUGCAGCCCAGCACUGCUGUUGGAUGGUUUGCUAUGGAUGCGGGAAAGUGUGUGAAUUUAGAAAGAGCAAAAUGCCGUACAGAGGACAAUAAACAUGAACUGGAGCGAUGAUUUGGCAGUAGGGCUGUCAUGGUCAAUUAUAUUAGUAAUUGUUUAAUCUAAUGAUUGCUAUAAUCUUGAUGCCAAACAACAAAAAAGGUGCUGUAUGAUAAAGGAUAAAUAAGGAGUCCUUUAAAUAAACAUCAUUAAAAUAAAUGUGGCAAAUAGCGCAUCUAUAUGGGUUUGACUGUUAGGCUCGUUUUUUUAAAGGCUUCAUUAACAAACAGCAAGUAAACAAAUGUUACUCACUGUCGCCCUCUAAGGGUGUCAUUAACAAACAUCAAAUAAGCAAACGUUACUCACCGUCGCCCUCUAAAGGCGAUAUUAACAAACAUCAAAUAAGCAAACGUCACUUGCCUCCGCCCUCUAAAUUUGUCAUUAACGAACAUUAAAUAAACAAACAUCACUAGUCGCUGCCCUCUAAAUUUAUCAUCAACAUCAAACAAACAAACAUCACUUGCUGCCACCCUCUAAAGGCAUCAUUAACAAACAUCAAAUAAACAAACAUCAAGUAAACACACAUCACUUGUCGCCAGCCUCUGAGGGCAAUUUUAACAAACAUCAAAUAAACAUCAAAUAAACACACAUCACUUGCUGCCACCCUCUAAAGGCAAUUUUAACAAAUGUCGCUCACCGCCGCCCUCUAAAGGCGCCAUAGCACCAGUCAGAAUUGGCGUGUCUCAGUAAAUGCAGUUUUUGCUUUCUUUUAUUUAUAUGAAUUGGCUUCAAACCAACAGAUGAAAAUGCGCCAACGGUCCUGUUUUCUUUGUUGGCACUUAAAUGAUUGUGAAAGCUAACAACUGUGAUCAGCAUUCAUAGUUGAGACAUGCCUAUAAGCGACUUGAGAAUUCAGAACAUGCAUUAUGAUCCUUCUAAUUCCCACCUAAUCACUGUAAAUCUGAUUAUUUUUAAAGUCAGUUGACCAUGACGGCCCUAUUUGGCAGAAUAUGGUUACAUGGAUGGACACGUAUGGUAUUCUACAAGCUGACCCUGAAAGGACUGCCCUGAAUAUUUUUCUAUUGAAACUCUGUGUUUACCAUGACUUCAUACAGUUUAGCACAACACACACUGUACUUCCAGUAACCAGCUUUCAAUAAUUGUAAUAUAGAGUAACUCCAGUAUAAUGCAGUCUGUCUGUGGACUUGUAUGCAUGCUCUUUGACUGUCCACCCCUAUGCUUGAUACUUUGAAUGCAACUACACUAUCACAACCAAAUGAAACAGGUCAGUGUUAAAACCAUAUGCAAUAGUGGUAUCUUUUCUUUUAAAGGGAUAUUUUUUAUGUUGCUUAUUAAAGGAUAAAGUGCCUGGGUCGAAUAUUCAUUCGCAAAUAACUCAUGAGAGGAGAAAAUGAGGUGAAGCCAGUUCAUUUCUCGAGGCUGUAUCACCAAUCGAAUUCGAAGGCUGUUGGGAUGCUAGCAUACUUCAACAUGACGUCUAUGGUUCUUUGAUUUUUACGCUUUUUCGGGCAGUUUUUAGCAAGGUCUUUCAUCAAAGUAAUUCAGAGGUUUGAGAGCAGUGGUCGUACAGGGUGUUCAGCUUUACUUAAAGUCAAAUUCCAUUUGUUUCUGGAUAAAUUCAGUGAUUGUGAUGUAAACAGAGAGAUUCAGAGUGGUUUGGUGUGAAAUGGUUCAGAUGUCUUUACAGUGGUGGUGAUAGGAACCAGGGGUCACCAUGACUACAACACAGAUAUAGACAUUUUGUUUACUAUCCAG